GGCAUGAAGGAAAGCCUUUUAGAGGCCUGCUUCAGGAGUGUCUUCUUGCUUCCUCCUAAAACAGACAUGCAGGGCCUAGACAGCUCCCUCUACUUUGAUACCCUGGAUGCCAUGGACAUCCUGCUGCAGAGCUUGGUGCUCAGCUCCCCUGGCUGUGGGGAGCUGAAGAGUAUCUUGCAGGUGCGGCACUGGCAGAGAGUGGGGUUCGCAGGGGCUGUUGCUCACCCUGGAGGGACAGGAGUGUCCACUCUGGAGUGGACGGUGUCCUCCCCAGCACCACGCACACAGCACACCGCAGGAAGGGUGCUCAGCUCCCCUGGGGGACCCAGACAUGGCCCACCGUGCUCUUCCAGGAGCAGCGUGACCCUGGCUGCAGUCAGCGUCAUUUCCCCUCUGCAGCCUCCUUCUGUACCAUGGCAAAGCCCAGCCCAUGGCACUUUUGGGCCAGCUCCAUCCCCAGAGCUUUCCUCGCACCAAAGGAGUGGGAAGCAUUGACCCCUCUCCUCAGGCACCACAGCAGUGGCUGCGGGUGCUGUCCUUCUUCCCCUGCCUCGCAGUCCCUCCUGCUUUUCUGCCCAGGUCUGACUGGGGCAGAGACCCACUGGAACCUGCCUCUCCUGCACAGGGAGCCCAGCCCUGACGCUCUGCACUCCUGGCUUCCUAGAGAGCCGUAU